AUGGCCACCUUCCAGGGCUCUAAAAACCCCUUCAUCUCUGAACUGGUCCCAAUGGCAUUAUCCAACGACAGCAUUCUGGAUAGCUUGCUUGCUUAUAGCGGCAUCCAUUAUGCGGAUCACGCUGGUGUUCCGGCCGAUGAAACUACGUGGAUUCACUACGGACAAGCUGUCCAGGCCCAGAAGUUUGGGCUGACUUGGCUUGCCCAAGGGAAUGAUCAUGUCCUUGUUCCCUUGCUCGUCACGGCAAUGCUGCUAUGUAUCGCUGAGACGUUCCGUGAGAACUCUGGAAGACUGGCGCUAUAUCAUCUGCGAGCGCUGAGCGCUUUGAUACAGAAAGCUCUGCGGCUGCCAGAAUCUCAACUUCCCAAAGAUACAAGGGCAUUCCUCAUCGAACGCUACAUGUACACGAUGACCCUAGCUCAUAUCACCAUGGGAUCGGAAUCGGAUGAAUGGGUCCUGAACGACGGCAACAUUUUGUAUCCCAUGUUGGAGUCAUCGCCUAUUCAUGCGCUUUUCAAACUGAUACCAAGAGUCUCUGUCCUGUCGCGCCACUGGGCUGCGGAAACUCAAGCAGGGUCGGUUUCGGAUUCCUUAUUUCGUGAAAAGGAAGAACUAUACACCCUUAUUUCCUCAUGGGAACCUAACUCGCGCGAGAUCAACUACACCCUUUGUGGAAUUGUAUACCAGCAAGCGCUCUUAGUAUACCUUGCUUCCAUCCCCGAAGGCAAUCGGGAGGCCCUGUCCGGAUACCCCGACACAGUCCAAGAGCUAUUCGAUACCUUUCUACCGUUUCUCAUGUCCACUCCCCCGGAGUCGCCCAUCUCGACAAUGCUUUGCUGGCCGCUGGCCAUUUUUGGCUCUUGUGCAGGAGAUGGCGAACAUCGUCGCGUGAUUCACGAAAGAUUACAAUUGCUUUCCCAAAUCUACUCUGCCCAGAGUGUACGCGACACCAUGAUACUACUGGAGAAGAUGUGGGCGGAAAACCCUGGACCAUCAAGUCCGUUGAGUUUUGAACGAAUCAUGAAGAGGGAGGGAAUGACGCACCGAAAGAGUACUAAAGGCUACGGAACUGUCUCCGUGCAUCCCAUCAUUCUCCAAACACGCUCUGACACGGACGAGCUCUUUGACACCGAGACCGACAAGUUGACAUGGGACCCCAUGGGCCGCUAUCUCUUCAAGGAACAGCUUGACUGGUCCAAGAGCCGGGGUCUGCAGCCCCUGAAGAUUAUUGCCGAUGUUAAUGAGCUUAUCGUUCACUAUAGCUCCGAACCCACAGAGAAGAGCACUCGGAAAAGAACGACGAACACGCCCGUAACACUGGCCAGCCCCGAGCAGCUGCCCUGA